GCGGGCCCGGCCGGCGGCGGCGGCCGGAGAUGGUGAUCUGCUGCGCCGCCGCCAACUGCUCCAACCGGCAGGGGAAGGCGCACCGGGGCGCCGUCUCCUUCCACAGGUUCCCUCUGAAGGAUUCGAAGCGUCUGAUUCAGUGGCUAAAAGCUGUUCAGAGAGACAACUGGACUCCCACCAAGUAUUCCUUUCUUUGCAGUGAGCAUUUCACCAAAGACAGUUUUUCCAAGAGGCUGGAAGACCAGCACCGGCUGCUGAAGCCCACUGCUGUCCCCACCAUCUUCCAGCUCGCAGACAAAAAGCACGACAACCUGGAUUAUGUCAGAAGCAGAAGAAAAAUAGCAAGCCAGGUGCCGCUGGAGGAUGGAGAAGACCCCAGGGAAGGAGGCUGUGAGGUAGUGGAGAGGACCUCAUCCUCUGGCCAGGACUUCAUGGUGAUGCAAGGGACAAAAGAGAGAGAGGAGGCGACUUCCGAAGCAGAAAUCGGAUCGAUGUCUGAGGAGGAGGAGAACCUCCACAGCCAGCUGGAUGGUCCCCGGAGAAGGACGUUAGGUGACAGUUUGGUCGCCAAGGCUGGGCUUCAGAAAAAGCCUGAGAGGUCUCCUGUGGAGGACUGUCCUGAAGCCACCUGGACGGGGAGCUGGGUGGCAGACAGAAGCGGCGUGUCGGUCGACGACUUCACGCCUCCCGCCUUGGGUGCUUGCAAGUUCAUCGGCUCCCUCCAUUCUUACAGCUUCUCCUCCAAGCACGCCAGAGAGAGGCCCUCUUUCCCAAAAGACCAGCUAGAAAGGAAAAGGCCAAAGAGAGACGUGGAGCCCAGCUGCAGCAGCCAUCUUCUGGGACACGAGAAGGUGGCCGCGGAAGGCUCCCCGACUUCAUCCCUCACCGCCACCCCGCAGAAGCCCUCCCAGGGUUUGUCAGCAUCCCCAGCAGACCUCACCCCUCAGCCUGCUGCAGAGGCCGUGCUGGGGAGGAAAGGGGACAUGGAUGCCAACCCCAUGUCGAUCAACGAGGUCAUCAUGUCAGCCUCAGGAGCCUGCAAGCUCAUCGACUCCCUCCACUCCUACUGUUUCUCCUCCAGGCAGAGCAAAAGUCAGGUCUGCUGCCUGCGUGAGCAGGUGGAAAAGAAGAAUGGGGAACUGAAACUGUUGAGGCAGAGGAUCAGUCGCUCUGACAGCCAGGUCAGGAAGCUGAAGGAGAAGCUGGAUGAGCUGAAGAGGAUCAGUUUCCCUUACUUGAACAGCCUGCUGUCCCAGGACUGUGAGACUCCUCAGCUGAACCCAGUGAUGGAGCCCCUCUCCUGGAUGCUGGGCACCUGGCUCUCCGACCCGCCGGGGGACGGCACCUUCCCCACCAUGAAGCCCUUCCAGUACCUGGAAGAAGUGCACAUCUCUCAUGUGGGGCAGCCCAUGCUGAACUUCUCGUUCAACGCCUUCCAUCCAGACACCAGGAAGCCCAUGCACCGGGAGUGUGGCUUCAUCCGCCUCAAGCCAGACACUAAUAAGGUGGCCUUCAUCAGUGCCCAGAACACAGGGCUGGUGGAGGUGGAGGAAGGGGAGGUGAAUGGACAGGAGCUGUCUAUAGCUUCUCACUCCAUAGCCAGGAUCUCCUUUGCCAAGAAGCCCCACGUAGAGCAGAUCACCAGAAAAUUCAGGCUCAAUUCUGAUGGGAAACUCGAACAAACUGUCUCAAUGGCAACCACUACACAGCCCAUGACUCAGCACCUCCACAUUACCUACAAAAAGGUGACACCCUGACAGCAGGAGGGACGGGGCUCCCUGCCCAGGGUGAGGAUGAGGAGCAGUCUGGGGAGCAGCACGGUGUGGCAGGCCCUGGAGCUGGCUGCCUGCACCCACCCCCAGGGCUGUGGAGCUGCCCAUCCCGUUGAGAAUGUUACUCAGAUGUUUCUGUAAUGGUAUAUUAAAAAACAAAACAAAACAAAACAAAAAACAAACCACAAAACACAAAAAAAAUAAAAAAAAAUAUUUUAUUUUUA